GGUUGAUACAUGGGAGUCUUUUCAGUCGUGUUCACUGAUUGGCUGUUCUGUAGUUUCGAUUUGCAACACGGAAGUGAUCUAAAUAAGUAAACAUGGGUACCCGUCUGAAGGUCCUCAGCGUGUUCAAAGCGUUGCACAGAACAAGGCUCGCUGUGUUCAAAGAUGAUAACACAGCAUUGACAGCUGCAAGGUUAAAGAUUAACGAGGAGUUCCAGAAAAACAAAAAUGAGGCUUCAGAGGAAAACAUUAGCAAGAUGAUUAACAUCGGUUCAUCUGUGGAAACUGUUCUCCGCAAAGCAGUCAUUCAAGCUGAACACGUGGCAGAAGAUAGGAUAUUGCUUAGACCAAGAGAGAGCCUUCUUCUCGAAAAUGUGCCAUACAGUGACACGCCAAGGAAUAAAAGAUGACAUCAAAGAAAAUCAUAAAAUAUAAAAUAACUAAUGAUGUUACAAUGCCUCAACAAAAGCGUUGGGAGAGAUAGUCUUUGUGAUAAACAUCCUGUUGAUGUUCAAGUUGUCCCAGUGAUUGCACCAUGGCAACAUGGGUUUAAAACGGCAAUGUCAUAGUUCCUUAUUUGAUUCUAAAUGGUUUAGGUUUGUGAAAGCUUUACUGUGAUCGUGUUUUUCUGUGAAUAUAUGUCUGUUUAUUCCCUCUUCCUUAUUGUCACCCUAAAAUAAAAGUCAUAAUCGAUAUCUUAAACCAAAA